UUCAAUCUGCAUUUAAUUUUGUUAUAUUUAUUUCAAAAUACAGACUGUCUGCCUGUUAUUUUUUGUUAUAUAAAAAUACAGUUUUUAAACCAUUGUUUUAAACUAGAUUCAAAUCGAUUAGAAUUUUUUUUUGUAAAAAUUUACGAAAAUGUCUAAGAUGGCUGCGAAAGGAAAAUUCUUGAAAAAAACAUUACCAAAAAUAGAUCACUCCUCAAGCUUGCGAGUAAUAAUUCCUGCGGGAAUGGCAAAUGCUAAACCACCGCUUGGAUCACAACUCGGACAGAGAAACAUCAAUGUAGCAAAUUUUUGCAAUGAUUUUAAUAAGAAAACUGAAAAUAUUAUAGAGGGUAUGCCUCUACCAUGUCGUGUCAAAGUAAAGGCAGAUGGUACUUAUGAUUUAGUAAUUAAUAACCCACCGGCAACAUAUUUCUUAAAACAGGCGGCUGGAAUAGAAAGAGGAAAGAUGUGUAAAGGUGAAAUAGCAGGUAGAAUAACAUUAAAGCACUUAUAUGAAAUUGCUUGUAUCAAAUCGCAGGACCGGUCUUUAGCAUUGUUAAGUUUAGAACAGGUUUGUAAAAUGCUUGUUGGUAUUGCUCGUACUUGCGGAAUUGAAGUUGUGCACAAGUUAGAUCCAGUAGAACAUGAAGAAUUCAUGAGAUUGAGAGAAGAGAAUGUUCAGAUACGUCUAGAAGAUAUGCGAUUGUCUAAAGAGGCCAAAAUGCUUAGGACAACUUAAACUAAUUACAUUGUAUUCAUUUAAUAAAUAUAAUUAUAAAGAUA